AUGUUCGCUCAUUCCAUCGUCGCCGGGAUCCUCAGCAUUGCUGCCCUUACAAGCGCUGCUCCUCUCACUGUUCGCGAUCAGGCUGGCGGGCAUAGCUACAAUAAUGGCACCUCAACCACGACAGCCCGUCCAAUGAGCACAGGCUCUUCGAUCAACGAUGCUCCCUACAGCUACCCUAAUGGCACGCCAUAUAGCACCCCUGCCCAUCCCAUGACAACCGGCUCCCGCUCUGGAUCACCAUACAACGUUCCAAGCCAGAGCAACCAUGACCAACCCAUUGCCACCAUCCUCCCCGACUUCACGUCUCAAUUCACCGUCUCCAGCGGUGCCAUCAAUUUUCACACCAGCCGCGGCCUCGUCUCUCGCACCCACAGCAGCAACGGAAAUGACGUUACCACGCUGGUCACAUUUGAACUCGACGAGAAGUACGGCGGCAAUCAAUGUCAAGUGGUCUUCGACUUGGGUCCUGAUCCAAUAAGCUACGUCACCGGCACCGGCAAGGCACAACUACUCACAUCCCUCGCUCCAGCAACAGCCGAUAGCGAGAGCUGGCCCUCGGGCAAUUUACGAAAUCAAUAUCUCGGGACAAUCGACGUGAAUGCUUACGGCCGCGCAUCCUGGGAAGUUGGUUCUGGACCUGGCGCCACUGUCGAGGGCAGGUUCCCUUGCUCGCUCAUCGCGGGACACAUUUACGGCGGAGAGAUUGUCCCCGUCGGGGACGAAGUUACCAUCUCUUGGGCUGCCACACAGGGCGAUGGGCCAAAGAUACUCGUCUUCUAA